AUGAGGGCACCAGCCGACCAGAGAGAUAGAUCUAAGUGGUGCGAAUUUCAUGCCGACCAUGGACACCGAACGGAGGAUUGCAUUGCAUUACGAUUGGAAGUGGCGCAUUUACUCAAAGAAGGUCACCUAACUGAGUUCCUAACAGACAAGGGUCAACACACCCUCAAGCAUGGAAAUGAUAGACGAGACGAGCGCAGAGAAGUCACCCCACCCAACCCGCCAAACCAUGAGAGAACAGUCAAUGUCAUUUCUGGCGGAUCAGAGGUUAGCGGGAUUACACACUCUGCUGCAAAGAGGCAUACCAGGCAAGCCAGGUCUAGCAGAACGAGAGAAAGUGUGACUGGUCAAGCUAUGACAGACCAGCCAACCCAGACAAUCAGCUUUCAAACUACGGAAUCAGACAAGCUUCUUAACCCUCAUCAUGAUGCUCUAGUCAUUUCUAUUUAUAUUGCAAAUUGUUUAACGAAACGAGUGUUGAUCGAUAACGGCAGCUCUGCCAAUAUCAUGUUUAUUAAUGCUUUCAGGGAGAUGGGUUUGAACGAGUCAAACAUAACUAGGAAGACCGCUGUCCUCAUAGGCUUCAGCGGUGAGAGCAAGACAAUCGUGGGGGAAAUCGACCUUUCCAUCUACGCCGAAUGGGUCAAUUUGUCAACAAGGUUCCUGGUGAUUGAUGCCCCAUCCGCAUUCAACGUCAUCCUCGGCCGCCCAUGGAUCCACGACAUGGAAGCAGUCCCUUCCACCUUUCAUCAAGUGGAAGAGGGUUCGUCCUACACCAAGACGGACCAGUCACCACAACUAGAGCAACAUGUGCAGCAUGGCCAACCAAACCAUCCCAACAAGCCCGACAAUCGAAAGCGGUCUGCCAGCUUUGCUGAAGAAGAAGCUGUGGAGAUAGACGAAAUCCAAAUCAAUACAGACUAUCCGGAUCACAAAGUCCGGAUAGGGGCACAACUCGACCCCAAACUGAGAGAGAAGCUUAUUUUAUUUCUUACUGAGCAUUAUGAUUGUUUUGCUUGGUCCCAUGAGGACAUGACAGGGAUUGAUCCGAGCAUUAUUGUUCACAGGUUACAGGUAGACCCACAUUAUCCACCAAGGAAGCAGAAACGAAGGAAAUUUGCUCCCGAAAGAAACCAGAUCAUCAAUGAAGAAGUCACAAAGCUUCUACGGAACGGACUCGUCUGGGAAGCACACUACCUCGAAUGGCUGGCUAAUGUGGUGGUAGUGAAGAAAAAGAAUGGCAAGUGGCGCGUGUGUAUCGACUUCACAGACCUCAACAAGGCGUGCCCGAAGGACUCGUUCCCUCUACCACAUAUUGACAUGCUAGUAGAUGCGACAGCUGGCCAUGAGCUGUUGAGUUUCAUGGAUGCAUACUCUGGAUACCACCAAAUACGGAUGCACCCUGACGACGAGGAAAAGACGUCAUUCAUGACCAACAUAGGGCUAUGGUGCUACAAGUAUAUGCCAUUCGGAUUGAAGAAUGCUGGAGCAACGUACCAACGCCUAGUCAACAAGAUGUUCGGGAGAUUAAUUGGGCAUACGAUGGAGGUCUACAUCGACGACAUGCUCGUCAAGUCUAUCCAGGCGAAGGAUCAUAUUGAUCAUCUCAGACAAACAUUCAGCAUCCUAAGGAACUACAAUAUGAAAUUAAACCCUACUAAGUGUUCAUUUGGUGUAACUGCAGGGAAAUUCCUAGGCUACAUGGUGACACAAAGAGGGAUAGAGGCCAACCCCGCUCAAAUUGAUUCAAUCCAGAGGAUCUCUUCACCGACGUGUGUGAAAGACGUCCAGAAGCUGACUGGGAGGAUAGCCGCACUUAGUCGUUUUAUAUCAAAGUCAUCCGAAAGGUGCAACCCAUUCUUCAACACCUUACGAAAAGCCAAAUCGUUCGAGUGGACAGAGGAGUGCGAAUCCGCCCUACAGGAACUCAAGAAGUACCUAGCCAGCCCACCACUUCUAGCUAAACCAAAGGAUCAUGAAACCUUGCUGGUCUACUUGGCUGUGUUCGAUACAGCCGUGAGUGCGGUGUUGGUCAGGGAGGAUGAUGGAAAGCAAUCUCCAAUUUACUACGUGAGCAAGUCUCUUUUGGAUGCAGAAACACGGUAUAGCCAGUUGGAGAAACUAGCUCUCGCAUUGGUACACGCAGCUAGAAAGCUAUGCCCUUAUUUUCAGUGUCAUCCAAUCCAAGUCAUAACCACCUAUCCACUCAAGGCCAUUCUCCACAAACCAGAACUCUCAGGACGACUGACCAAGUGGGCGGUGGAGUUGAGUGAGCAUGACAUAACAUUCAAGCCACGCACGGCUCUUAAGUCUCAGGUAUUAGCAGAUUUCUUAGUUGAUUUUACUCCUAACCUUACCAUGCAGGCCGACAAGGAACUCUGCUGCAUGACCGAGCAACCCGACCAAGUCGGAGCUUGGAGGCUAUAUGUAGACGGGUCCAGUAAUAUGCGUGGAAGUGGACUAGGUCUUGUCCUCAUCUCCCCACUAGGCGAUGUGGUGGAGCAGUCCAUCCGCUGUGAGUUCAAAGCCACCAAUAAUGAAGCAGAAUACGAAGCCAUGCUGGCCGGACUCGGAUUAGCAAAAGAAAUGGGAGUUAAGCGAAUCAGCGUGUUCAGUGAUUCUCAGCUCGUGGUCAACCAAAUACAAGGCGCUUACCAAGCCAAAGAUGCUAAGAUGGUCGCCUAUCUGGGCAAAGUCAAGGAACUUCAGUCCAGCUUUGAGGAGUUCACCAUAGCCCAAGUUCCGAGAGGAGACAACAGCCACGCAGACGCCCUCGCCAAUCUUGGGUCGUCUAUCCAAGCCGCAGAGCCCAAGACAAUCCCGAUCAUCUGCCUCAAAUGGUCAGCCAUUCGGAAAGACAAGGAGGACCAGGUGGUGGAAGUAUCACCCGAACAGACUUGGAUGACCCCUAUAACGGAAUACUUGGAGCAUGACAAGAUACCCGACGAUAGGAAUGAAGCCCGCCGACUUAGGGCGCAGGCCGCCCGAUUCUCCAUUAUUCAAGAGGAGAAAUACGUCUUAUCUGAGUUGCAUGAAGGGGAGUGUGGAAACCACUCAGGUGGAAGAAGCUUGGCACACCGAGCAUUAACCAAUGGAUAUUAUUGGCCUACCAUGAAAGCCGACUCAACCAACUACGUCAAAAGAUGCGAUAAAUGCCAACGGUUCGCUCAAGUGUCACACCUACCCCCGGAACCACUGACCGCCAUCACAUCACCAUGGCCUUUUAUGAAAUGGGGGAUGGAUAUCGUGGGUAAGCUACCUACAGCACCUGGACAGAAGAAUAUCAAGCUGAGCUUCUCCACCCCAAGGUAUCCACAGGCAAACGGACAAGCAGAGUCUUCCAACAAGACCAUCAUGAACACUCUCAAGAAGAGAUUGGAAAAGGCUAAGGGAAAGUGGGCAGAUGAACUACCCGGCGUGCUCUGGUCAUACCGAACGACCACAAGAACUUCGACAGGAGAAACUCCUUUCUCAUUAGCCUACGGAAUGGAAGCAGUCAUACCCACCGAAAGUGAAGUGCCUACCGCCAGGUACGAGCUCACCACAGACACCGACAAUCAAGAGGCUAUGUGCCACGAGUUAGACCUACUCGAUGAGAAAAGAAACAAGGCGAACAUCAGACUUGCCUCAUAUCAACAAAGUGUUGCCAAGCACUACAACAAGCACAUUCGUACCCGAACAUUCCAACCAGGUGAUUGGGUACUCCGGAAAGUAUUUCAGAACACCAAGGAAGCAGGAGCAGGCAAGCUCGCCCCAAAUUGGGAAGGUCCUUACCUGAUCACUAAGGUAGUCGGACACGGGGCUUACAAGUUACAAACGAUAGACGGACGCGACAUCAACAAUAGCUGGAAUGCCAUCCAUCUCAAGCAGUAUCACGUCUAA